GCUUAGUAUUAGGGCUAAUCCCAAAGGGAUAAGUAAUUCGUCAGAUCGUAGUCUGUUUUAAAUCAAUACUAGUAAUUAUAGUAAAAUAAAAUAUUAGACACUUGAAAAUAAUUUGAAGUUGAAUCCAUAUUUUUUAAGUAUUUGACUGAUAAUAAUAAUAGUAUGAUACGCAAUCAGUUUCAAGAAUCUGAAGAGGUUUCCAUUGUUUCUAUUAGUGGCCCAGAAUUAAAACAGGCACUGAAUCUUUUGAUCAUAAAUGCUGAAAAUAGUAAUUUAAGCCCGAAGGAACAAAGUGUUGCAUUUCAGAACAAAAAACUUAGAAACCAAAUUUUUAAACAGGAAGUUCAACUUGAAAUAUACUUGCCACUGCUGUCCGGUACUGUUGAUGAGCCAGUUUUAGACAUAUCAAAGGGAGUAGCUCUUGCAAGAAGUACUGUUAUGUUAUUACAUUGUUGCAUAGAUCAAAGCAGAAAGCUUGCAGAAAAAGAUGACCCAUACCCUGUACUUUUGUGUGAUGAAGAGUUAAAAGAAAUAGAGAGUGCUAUCACAUUUAUUAAAACAUUAAUUAAAAAAGAGUUUAGUAUUUCAGAAUUUGUCCAGGUUUUAUCUGUAGAACCAGUUGUGCCUCUGGAGUUGCUGUUGAAGUUGGAUGAUGCAGGAAUCAUUCCUGUUGAAGUAUUUUUGCAACAGGUAAUCAAUAAAAGCCAGCUUGUAUCUGCCUUCAGUAAAGCAGUUUGGAAAAUGUGUUACCAAGAUAAUGCUCCACCUGCUAGACUGCAUAACGUGUGCUCAGUCAUUGUUAGUUCUCUUGUUAUGUGUGCAUAUUUUGAGAAUUUUAGUCAGAACAGAAGUCUCGUAAAAGUGACCCGAUUAAUUUUAGAUACAUUGACAAAAAGAUACCUUGAAAAUCAAGAACAUUUUAGUGUAAAGAAGAUGAAUUUCAUUUCAGUGUUAAUUAAAAACCCAUUAGUUGAUAGAUCAGCAAUUCAGAGUUUUAGCAGUCAUAUUCUAACACUAAUGUUGAACCACAGUCCCACUGUAAGAGUUACUCAUGCUUUAAGAGAUCAACACAAAUGGUUGUGGAAAACAGCCGAUCCCAUUCUUGUUGGACUUCUUCAGAAGAUAGUGACCGUGUUAUCUCCUGAAAAAGUGUUAAACUGUUUAGAAUGUGUUUUAGAAAGCCAAGAAGUAAACUGGAAAUUUUUACUGAUGUUUACAUCGUUAUUUUUAGUUUGUCAUCCUAAGGCAGCUACUCUUUUAGAAAAUUUCAUAGAAAAGUUACUUAAAGUGGCUUUUGAAAAGCUAGAAAUGGAAAGCCUUAUAAGUUCGGUUCUUCUUGCUCGGCAAGCUGCACUAGAAAGUUUUCAGGUAUUUCCUACAUAUGAAGAAUGGUUCCAGAAAUAUUUUGGUGAUAGUGAGACAUCUUUAGCUGGAACUCCUCGAACAUUUGCCUUUUUAAUGAAGUUUUUGGUUGAUUUAGCUCCGUAUGAACCAGCGAGAUAUUUAAAGGUGCACAUAUCAAAGCCACCUCACGUUAUUCCAAGGUGUCAUCAGGUUUUCAAAGAUUAUGUUUACUUAGCUAAAACCAGACUUAAAGAUUUUCAGGAAACUUCAAACUUUGGGAUUUAUGAGCAAAUCUCAGAUGGCCAAUCUGAUGCACCAACAACAAGCAAAGAUCAUAAGAAGAUAAAUCAAGCAGAAACUGAUGUAGAGAAAGCUUUACAGCUCUAUGAAAACACUAACAAGGUUCCAACCUCUAUUUUGGAAGCAAGCAUUUUUAGAAAGCCAUAUUUCAUUGGUAGUUUUUUGCCUGAACUACUUAAACCAAGACCACUGCCUGAUAUACCAGAUACCAGAAUAAAAUUUAUUGAAGAACUAAAGCAAAUUGGGAAAAUUCCACUCGCUUUGUACGAAAAUUACAGAAAGAAGUCCCAGAAAGAAACUGAAACGUUGUUAGAAGGUGUGAUGGAUGUGUCAUUCAGUGAAGUAAUGCUGGAGCCGCAGGAUGAUUUGAAACUGACCUUGGAGACGUUAAGGAAAGCUUUGGGAAGAGAACAAUCAUCAAAUUCUCUUGGAGAAGAUGAUUUUAUUGAUAUCUGCCCAUUAAUAGCAGAGGCAUCUAGUAAACUUCAAGUAAUCGUGGAUCAAUUAUCGUCUGCUCAGGACAAAGAGCAGUCUGUGAUCUUGGUAGAAGAUUUCAAAAUGAUUUCUUCAGACUUGCUACAGAUUGGUUCUAUUCUAAUAGAAGGAUUUGUACAUUGUCAACAGACUGCUAUCACGUUGUCAAAAGAUACCUCUUGGGAUGUUCUAUACGUUUCAAUGCUCAGCUGUUUUCCUGCAUUACACCCUCCAGUAUUUUCAGACCUUUGGAAUAAACUGGUUUCAGAGACUGUGAGUUUAAAAAGCCAGGAUAUAAGAAGCCUUUCGCUCUUACUUCUAAGACUAGGUCAAAUGGGAAGCUCAUUUCCAAAGCUUUCUUAUAACAGAUAUUCUGCACCCCAGCUGUUGCCAGAUCUGUUGUUUGACUAUCUUCCUUUAAACAGCCAAGCUCAGGUUAAGUAUUACACAGAUUUGACUGGUUCGUAUCUAACCUGGGCAAUUCACACUUUUGUUUUAACAGAAGACUCCACUAGACUUCCUGAUUACAUUUCAGAAACUAUGUUGAAAAAGUUUCAGUUUUCAUCAGUCCGAACACACUUGGAAUUACAGGAACUUAUUAUAGGAAAAGUCAGUGAUAAGAACCUAGAACCAGAUUCAUUAAUUACACAGUUAUAUUGUGCUCCUGUGUUCCAACAUUGGUGUCAGGAAGCUGUUGUGAAUCUUUCAUACUGGAUGAAACUGGAAGUACAAGUACAGCAAGAUACGGGUUUUGCUGAAUCUGAUCGUAGGCUUGAAUAUCUUCGAUGUAUGAUCAUUACUCACUUCUUACCUUUAGCUCAAGCUCAGGGUGGUUGUGAUGGAAAUAUUAGACAUGCUUGUUCCUCUAUCUUAGAAGGUUUAAUUUCACUCGCUCCAUCCUUAUCCUUCUUCUCUCAGUUUAUAAUAGUUUUACAAGAAUUAACUCAUUCCCUGUCCAUAGAUGGGAAAAGUACACAAAAUGUUCAACCCUGGUUGCUCGAAGAACUAGAAAGAAAUAUCCAGAAGCAUUCUUCACUUACAGGAUCAGAGCUCAUUGUUCUCCAUAAUACUGUUGAUAAGUUUUUUCGAAUAGUAUACGCUCUUCCACCAUUUUUACUUCUUACAGACUGUUUAUCAAUAAAACCAUCUUCUGAGGUGUUUCAAAAUCUGGCCAGUAAAGUGAGUAAUUGUCUUAGGAAUUACUUAUAUGAGGAGUGCUUUUUAUCAAACUCUUUAAUUGCCCACUUGGUCAAAGCACUUUUUCAAACUUCCAACCAACACAAAGAGCUUGAUAGUAGUAUUGAAAAAUUCUUGUAUUUCUGUCCAUCAUUUACUGCCGGUUUAAUUAUUCACUGGUCUCGAAUUGGACCACUUUUAAGGUCUGUGCAGUUGUACAACAACACGUUUUCUACUUUGGUGCGUGAUAUCGAAUCUGUCGUGUCAUGGAGUAAUGAGAUAACUGAUAAUUCAGUCUUAGCUCUACCUUCGGGACAUUUUGUUAUAAAAUGGUGGUUUAGCUUGAUUAUAGCCCAAAAACUUAAACGAGCUGUGAUUCCGGUUAGUCUAAUUACGAACGUCAAUUCAGAAAUCUUGAAGAACAUUGUACACUUCUUGAUGGCAUAUGAUGCAAGUUACAGCAUUUCCAAUCCUUCCUCCUUCCCUCCUCUUUUAGUUAAACUGCUCAAAAUCUGUGUGAAAUCUUCAACUGUACCCAAAUUUUUCCUUCCUCAUUCAUACCAAUGUUCAUUUGUUCAAACUGUUGUGCCUACUUCAGUCUGGAGUCUUUGCCCAGCUGUGUGUUUAAGUGCUGUGCUCCAACUUUGGGAUUCACCAGAAAUAAGAGAACCAGAUUUAGAGAAACACGUUCUGUUAGAUUGGUUACUUGUGCUUUUAACCAACCUAACAAAAUGCAAUCGAGAGUUUAUUAAUAAUGUAACUAAAUUACUCGACAAGUAA